GAACUUGCGAGGCAACAGGCUAGUAGUCUUUCCCGUACGUACUCGAUUACCAUCUUUAAGAGGCAACGAACGCCCGAUUUACCACGAUAGGGAUCCUCUGCUCUCCUGCAGUACCGGUACUGGCUCUCGCCCGGCAGUUUCGAGCGCAUGACAGCCCGCACCUAGUCGUUUUGGACAAGAAGAACCGUGGCUGCGGCACCCUUUCUACCACUUCGCACCGUUUCACAGGUGGCCGCCGUGCCGAGUAGGUCGUGAAUAUACACUAUACAUGCACUCUAUCUCUCAUGUGCUGGGCUGAGCGCCCCUCACCUUUUGUAGCCUUGUUCUAUCCUAGCGCUCUACAGCUCCACACUCCGUACCUUCCCUUAAAUGAGCUGUGGCUUCUUCUUGCCUUCCAUAUGAUCCCCGCUCUUCCUGACAGACCAUUCCCAACGAUUCAUGUAGUUGUUGUUUUGUGUGUGACGUUCGUAGUCGUCUUUCACAGAGUUGCAUAUUCCUGUUCUUCAUCCAAACCUUCCGUAUCUUUGGACAUCUUCACUGGAAGACGGAAGAAGAAAGCAUCGUUUUCAUCGGGGACAGAAACGACGUUGGAGACCACUUCAUUUCCAGCCCCUGACUGUUCGACCAGCACAGACGAGCAAUAUCAGCUCGCAACUGCGCAUCGUCUCCGUCACGCCGUCGUCCGGUUGUCGUCAGGGAGGGACAUAACCGUUUCAUGGCCUGGUAAGCUAUUAAGUGCCCCCUCCAGAACACUGGUAGUCUUUCCACAGAGAACACCCUCGGGAUGGCAAGCAGUCUGCGUUAUCUAUAUUGAUGCCGGUCAGCUUGGGCUAUCUCGUUUCUCCGUUCCCAUCACAAUGUGGUGGAUACCCGCUACGACUAAUUCUGCAGAAGGCAUACCUAGCUAAACCAUCCGCAGUCUAUCUCUCAGAUCGCGAUAAAGAUUCCGGUGGAGAGUGGAUCUGGUGCAGCUUGCCAGGGAUUCCACGCAGGCCACCCUGCACUCCAUACGUACGCGUAAGGUUGCCAAAUGAACGGUUUUAUCCGGUGGUGCCUGCGGGAAUCUCACCUCGCCUAUAGCACAUCCAAGCCGGUCUGUAGGUAUACCAGGCAUGUUGCGCGUUACUUAUGAUCUGGAAUCUAGUGGCAACUUCUGGAUGGCUUAAUGAACGACCUGUAAGACGUGACUAUACAUCUGGGUAUAUGGUAAACCC